GUCUUGACGGUCGUCUCGACCAAGUGAGAGCAUCGACGAAAACCCUUGUCAGAAUUUUGGCUGGCUGCUGUGGUUUGUCCACCUUCCACUGGUUGCUUGUUGCCGUCGUUGUUUUGUUGUUCUCAAGAGAGACCAUGGCAUCCUCCUCGGAAGACGACUACUACUACCACCAGCCGCAUGCGAUGGGUGUGACCAGUAGUGACAUUCCAGCCGAUGCCGUCACAUCAAAGCCAAUCCCCACGGAUCCUGCGGAAUUGGCCAUGUACAAGUUAUUGGGGGCACGGCUCAAGUGUACGCUCAGCGAUGGUCGAACGGCUACGGGAACAUUCAUUUGUCUGGAUCGACUCAAAAAUAUGAUUCUCAUGGAUGUGAUUGAACGGAGAGUCAUCAAUCGAGUGGAUUACAGUCCGGAGAUGUCGCCCAAAGAAUUUCCAGUGCAAAGGGAAUUGGCGCAGGCCAUGAUUCCGGGAAAGCAUCUGGUCAAGGUCGAAAUGGAAAAGGAAGUGUAUCAAAAGAGACUUCCAACACAAAACAGCUAGCUGGCUAGGACGAAAAUAGAGAAAGAAUGCUACUGUUGCUACUCAACUGCACUGGUUUUGGGCCUGGGCAGUUUCCCCACAAAAUGCAAUGCGAGGGCUUCAGUUUGGUUUGAAAACUCAAUCAACAACAAUUUUUUUCAAAAAUUCAGGUCAAGAAUGUUUUUCCGACUCGCCCUACUAAGCAACAACCCGGCAGCGUUGUUGAUCAAAUAAUUGUUCGCAGCUUUUAAGAGUUGGUGGUGAGGCAAUCGCAAAAUGGCUCGCAACGGGUGGU